AUGGAUUCUAAAACUAGUCUAAUACAUUUGUUCGGCUUCUUCUCGUUUCUUAGUAACAAUGGUAAAAAUACAUUGGCCACUUCUAUCUAAUCCAUGCAACCCAAUCUCUGCUUGGAGAAUACAACAUUUUGUAGAAAUUGUUGUAAAUAAGCUGUUAUUAUCAUUGUCCUGUCACUUAAAUGCUAAAAGACAGAGACUCCCCAGACAUCACGGUAGUUUAGUCUGUUAUUGUUGUGCCAAAUAUUCAUGAGGUGCUUCCUUUGUUCUCUUGCUUUGAUGUAAGAACAAAGUCCUGUCACUUACGUGCUAAAAGACAGAGACUACCCAGACAUCACGGUAGUUUAGUCUGUUAUUGUUGUGACAAAUAUUCAUGAGGUGCUUCCUUUGUUCUCUUGCUUUGAUGUAAGAACAAAGUCAGUAACAUGUACAUGAGAAAACUUAAACGUUAUGCGGCGUCGUAGACGAAUGUCUGGGUAUCUGUCUGGACUUUAAGAAUAAAUUCACAGGGGGUUUCUGGCUGAGACAUUCAGAUCAGGUUCAGAUCAAGGGAGUUCCUGUAGCCUGUAACGUGCCCAAGCCCAGCAUCUCCUCACAUUUGUCAGAACUUUCAGUUCAUCAACAUGGGUGAUCUUGGUUUGGAAGAGAAUGACUUCAAUCAUCAUGAUGGCGACUCUUCUGAUUCUGAAGACUGUGAAGACUGGGAGGAGCUUGAUGACCAACGUGAAUCCGUUACAGAAGCCUUCAGCUGGUUCCGAUCCAAGGGAGAGAAAGGAAGUAAGAGUGCAGAUUGGAGCCGUAAGCUGGAAAAAAUGCCCCUGUACCCAGGAGCACAGCUCACUUACGGGGAGAGUAUGGUGCUCAUCAUGGCUUUCAUCCUGGCACACCAUCUGACAUCAAGCGCAGUGGUAGCUCUACUCACCCUCAUCAAUCUACACACACAAUGGGGCAGCAUUUUCUGCGCAUCCAAGUACAUCUUCGACAAAUUCUUCAGUCUCAUGAACUUGACCUUUCCUGUAACAAGGCACUACUUCUGCCGUGCAUGCUUCAAGAAUGUUUCAUCUGAUGACAAGAACUGCAAGGCGUGCAACAGUGACCUGUCCUCAUCCAAGGCAACGUUCUACUUCCUCGAGAUGAGCGUCUUGUCUCAACUUGAAGCCAAGUUCAGAAGAAAAGACUUCUAUGAAGCCAUUGUGCAGCAGAGGCAACGUCUCCAGAAAAAGUGCCCAACAGCAAUUGAAGACAUCACUGAUGGGUUGGUGUACAAGAGCAUCCACGAGUUACAGGACCCGAGAAAUAUCUCAUUUCUCAUGAACACAGAUGGCAUCAAAGUGUUUCGCUCAUCAAACUACGGAUUGUGGCCUGUGUAUUAUUCUAUCAAUGAACUACCAUUCAGCAUGAGAACUCGUCGAGAGAACAUAGUCUUUGCAGGACUGUGGUUUGGUGACUGGAAGCCUGUGAUGAAGCUCUUUCUACCUCCACUAGUAAGAAGCGUCAAAGCACUUCAAAAUGGAUUUCAAGUGAGCACACCUAACCAUGGUACCUUCGACUGCAAGGCAUAUCUACUUGCUUGCACCUGUGAUCUCCAGGCCAAGGCAUUGGUUAUGGACAUGGUGGCCCACAAUGGGUACUUUGGAUGUGCCAAAUGUCUUCAGAAAGGCACACAUGAGGGACAUCGACACCAGUUUCCAUGUGAUGCAGAUGAUGCCAAUGGGCCCCUAAGGAGCAAUGCAGAGAACAUGGCACAUGGAAGAGAGGCCUUCAAUCAGAAGUCUACGGUAUACGGAAUCAAGGGGCCAUGUUUCCUGAACGAGGUGGACCACUUUGACCUCAUCAGAGGGAUGUCAGUGGAUUAUAUGCAUGGUGUUUUGAUGGGUGUGACCAAGGCCCUCAUGAACCUUUGGUUUAAGUCGGACCGGAAAAACCCAUACUACUGUGGACACCACUUGCCUGAAAUUGACAGCAUUCUCCAGACAAUCACCCCACCAAUGGACAUUCAUCGCACCCCAAGGGGGAUCACAGACCACAUGCAACACUGGAAAGCUUCUGAGUUCAGGUCGUGGCUGCUGUUCUACUCCCUGCCCAUCAUGCAGUGGUACCUGCCCAACGUCUAUUUUGAGAACUACUCGCUCCUGGUGACUGGCAUUCACCUUCUACUUGGGGAGUCCAUCACCGAAGACAACAUCAGUAAGGCAGAGGAUGACCUGAGGCAGUUUGUAGAGGGCUUCCAAACACUUUACGGGUCUAAACUUGUGUCACUCAAUGUGCACAACCUGCUACACUAUGCCCAAACAGUGAGGGAGCUUGGACCAUUAUUUGGACAUUCAUGCUUUUUCUUCGAGGACAUAAAUGGGCAACUCCUCAAACUCAUCCAUGGCACUCAGGCUGUUGAGGAACAGGUCUUAAGAGCUGUUGCCAUUCUCCAAAAGUUUUCCGAGGUGGGAGAAGAUUGCUUCGUGAGAGGAACAGAUGCAAGAAAGCUGUAUGACAGCUUAUCCAAAGCUGCAGCCACGCCUGAAGAAAGGUCGAAUUUCACUGAACUUGGGCAUGGAGUCUACUCUGUUGGUUCCCUGAAGGAAGAGAAAAGCAAGCCAGAUGGAACCUACAACACCAUGAAGAAACCACACAUGGAGGCACUGAUGGCACGUGUGGAUUUCUUGCCAGAGAGGCUCAUGCUAUACCAAAGGAUGAUGAAGAAUGGAGAGAUGGUGCACUCCCGCCUGUAUACAAGACCUUACCGCCACAACUCCUAUACAAUAACUUAUACACUACCAGAUGAAGACACAGGUUUCGGGGAAGUACUAUACUUCGUACAGGCACUCACCCGUACAUGCGGUUGCCUGACGCAAACCUGUCAGUGUGGCCAAGUAACUGCUCGUCACUUUGCUUUAGUGCAGUGUCUGGAACCUGCUGUGCCUUCCCCUGAUGAUUCAGAAAACGCAUCGUCUUUAUUCUCUGUUCCCCAUAUCCAUAAAUGUAAGAAGACUGAAGAAUUCAAGGCUGUAAAGCUGAAUGAAGUGGUGGGAAAGGUUGUCAGCUUGUUCCUUAAUGGCAAUUCAUAUCUAGCUACCUUUCCAAACCGCAUGGAGAAAGACUGAAUAUUUGCAUAAUGGUUACCAUUUAAGGCCCAAUCUAGACACAGUUUUUACAGAGAUCUGCGGAGAUGUCGGGAGGGAUCUAGAACGUAGGGGGCGGAACACCUAUGGCACUUGCAGUCAUAAACAUAUCGCGCAAUUUUCAAAAUGGCGUUAUAUGCUAAUGAGCACUCUUGAAGCAUCUACACUCGCGCGAAGUUGUCGAGGACCCCUGCUAAGCUAUCGAUAAGCUAUCGGGCGAAUGCUCCGGACCUUUCGGGAGAAAUUUUACCGAUGUCUUGACAGCGAUAUUGCAGUUCCAUCUAGAGGCUGAAAAAAAGCUGUCGGCUUGACGUAGUCGGCUCGCAGAUAUCGGGAAAAACUGUGUCUAGAUCGUGCCUAAGUGAUAACAAAGUUCCUUGUACAUAACCAUUGCCUCAGGGUAUUCCGAUCUGGUUCUGAUUCGCAUUGCAGUUAGGUGUCACUGCCACAGUGUGAAGAACAUGGUCAAAAACUUGACUGAUCAGUUUAUUACAUUUCUCAUUCUGGUUCAUUUCUGGUCCCAUUACCUACUACCUAUACAAACAUGUAGUCCCUUAUCCUACGGGGGAUUAUUCUUGAUUUGAGUCUUUGAGAUCAGAGCCACCAACAGACAAGUA